ACACUGUAUAAUUCAGGUCAUUUUAAUCUUAAAUUGCAAAAAAAAAAAAUCUAUUAGUGCUCAUAAUAAUAUUUAGAAUUUUGAUCAAGAUAUAAGUACGUAAAAAACCAAACACUUGCGUGCUUUAUGUUGGUUUCAGAGGUACAGGGGUAGGUCAUGGUUGGCCACGUGAUUCUAAGCAGCUCAACCAGGAAUCGCGCUGGUAAACAGGCCAGCGUGUGUUCUUCAACACUUCAGAGUAACUGUUCUUAUUUUGGCCCGUAGGGCAGUUUCUGCUCCAGCAUUUAACUUCCACCCAGCAUGGAUGAAAACACUUCGAAGCUGCUAGUGAAGCUCACUCAGGACGGACAGUUGGCCGCGCUGGAGAAACACAUAACAUUAGGCGGCUCGACUGCGGCGCAAACUGUCAGUGGCAAACACUUCGGCAAGUCGGGAGACACCUUGCUGCACUACGCCGCAAGGCAUGGACACCUGGACAUUGUAAAGUACCUGAUAAAGAGGGUUGGCUUGGAUGUAGAGGUGUACAACAACGACUAUAAGAGGCCGCUACACGAAGCAGCCUCCAUGAGCCACAAGGACUGUGUUAGCUACCUGCUCCAAGAAGGCGCCAAAGUGGACAGUCUGAAGAAGGCUGACUGGACUCCGCUGAUGAUGGCGUGCACUCGGAGGAACCUGGACGUGAUCCAGGAGCUGCUUUGCCACGGUGCCGACCCCGCACUGAGAAACAAGGACGGCUGGAACUCCUUCCACAUCGCCUGCAGAGAGGGAGACCCUGUGGUCAUACAGCACCUGCUCCUUGUUGCACCAGACGUCUGGAGGACGGAGAGCAGGACACGCAGGACGCCACUACACACCGCAGGUGUCUGUACUUACAGUAUGUGGAGAUGUGACGUGAGGGGAAAUCAUAUAACUUACACUUUCUCUGUUCAUCCAGCAAUGCAUGGAUGUGAGGAGGUGGUUAAGGUCUUGCUGGACAGAUGUGGCUACACGCCUGACAGCACUGACAGCUGUGGAGUCACGCCUUUCAUGGACGCCAUCAGGAAUGGACACAUCUCUGUGGCCAGGCUUCUUUUAGACGAGCACCAGGCAUCUGCAGCAGCUGCUGACAUACUCGGGGCUCAGCCAGUGCACCAGGUAGCCGUCACAGGCCAGGAUGAGGCUCUGCGGUUUCUGGUGAAGGACUUGAAUGUCGAGGUGAACCAGAGGGCGACCAGCAUCCAGCUCACCGCCCUGCAUUACGCUGCCAAGGAGGGCCACACGUCCACUAUAAACACACUGGUGGAGCUGGGAGCGGAUCCUCAUGCCCGGGACAAGAAGGGGAGGACUGCUCUUCACAUGGCGUGCAUUGGGCAGCACGCAGACGCAGCCAGGACGCUCCUGCAGCUCGGCCUCAAAGAUUCUGAGGAUGCGUCCGGCACAACCGCCAGGCAGCUGGCCAGGAAACCCCACGUAGUGCAAGUGUUUGAACGUGACCUGGCACACAGACCCUAAUCAAUCCUUGAAACAUUGAGUUCUUAAUUUAUUGAAAUAAAGAAAAGCUGAAGCCUAAUAGUGUGAUUCAAGUCAUUCUGCACAGAUUGUGUGGAUUACAAUAAAAACUGUCACCCUUGUGUUUGCUAAAAGACGCAGGUUUAGACAUGAUCAUGCUAACAGUAAUCUCACUUUACCUGAUAAACUCUGCAUCCUGCCAGGACAGUUCGUGGCGACACAACACAAAAAUGCAGCUUUCAUUGUCGGCCACUACAUUUGAUACUGUUUGACAAUCUGCUCGGCUGCCUGUUGUUUCUACUUAAAAAUAUGUUGGUCUUGGUGACUAUCUAUAUGAGCUCAAAGCAGCCCACACACCGAUGUAGGACUUGGGACUUUUCUGUUUGCCAAACAGGUGUGUCAUGCAUAUAUGUUGUUGCAGCAGUUGAGCAUGUUGCUCACGCUAUGCUCAACAGGCAAAGUUCCAAUUCACUAAAAGGUUCUGUACAUUUUUGCGACUGUGAUGGAAACUAUCACAAAGAAAAUGAAGCCACAGCGUUUGUUUGCUGUCGUUUUUUUGUUCAGUUUCACACAAGCGAAUGAAAUGACACAGUACGUGUGUCAAAUGUCUGUAAUAAUUGGCAAUCAAUUGCUAUAAUUGACAAGUAAGGCAUAAAACCAAUGGAUGCACUCCUGCUAGAACCCUAUGAUUACAAGACAAAUUACAGCUACUAUUAACUACUGGUGUAGAAACAUGGAAAACGGGACUAUAAUAAAGCCUAACUCAGUGGACCAGAAAUACAUGUGUUAUCCUUAUUGUACUUUAUGCUUAAUGAGUGAGUCACAUUUAAAUAUAUUUGGCCGUAUUGCGUUAAAACAGUUUAUGAGAUUGUUAUUUAGCUGUGGAUAUGUCACACUACCUUCCGGCACUGGUAAGGUUUCCCACAUCAACACAGUGUUUGGCCCAUAUCUACUUUGUCGGGUUCUGGUCACC